AGAUAUCCAAUAUCAACAAUAAUAAUACUGAAACUAAACAGCAGUUUCGCAAAUUCAAAAUAUUUGUGUUUCUUAGAAUCUGUUAAUCAAAUUUCUUAUUUUUAAUCAUGGUUUUUUGCCUCGAUUAUUGUAAAUAAUGUAAUUUUUACGAUAUUAUCUAUUUUGAAUUCUCGUCUAUUUGCCAUGUGGUGAUCUGUUCAAUUUGAAGUCUUACACAUGUAUUGUAUUUUUCCUGUUCAUCUGGAGUUUGUUUGGUAGAGCUGAAAACUAAACCGAGAUUUUUUAUCAAUUAUAAUGUCUUUAUAAUUUGAUUUUACGUUUAAUUCUGUUUUGAUUUUUCUUUAAGGCUGCCUUUUUCACGUCAUCCGUUUCAGUGCAAUGUCAGCAGAAGUUAAAAUAAAACAUGGUGAACCUGAUAUAUGUCGUAAAACAGAGGAUCUUAUUGAACUCAACCUUUCUCUUGGCUUGUGGUUGAAACCAAUCUCCAAAAUCUAUAUUUCAGUCGCAUUGCCCUGUACCAAACAAACUGGCCAAUGUAUAAGUAUAGUCGCGAUCACAGAGAAACUAAAAAAACGUAUCAAGCCUUAUACAUUCAAAAGUCUUAAAGUUCUUAAGUCUACAUUGGAAUUCAUUAGAUAUGAAGCUGAAUUAGAGUCUAAGUCAACAAUGGAAUCAGUGAUUUCUAGAUUGGAACGAACAAGUCUAAAAUUGAAUGGUUUCACAGAACCAAUCAAAGUUAAAGCUGCUAAAAUAAAAUUAAAAUCGAGUCGACAUGAAUGGGAAACUUUUUUUCGAGAUGAUCCAUCCAUGGAUGAAACAAAACCUGGUCUCAGAGCAGAUACAAUUCAUCUGAAAAGCCUUCCAACCAAGUGGUUUGGAGGAGAUAAACCCAAGCCUCAAUUAUUGUUAGACGUUUUUCAAGCUUUUGGUGAUAUUAGAAGAUACCAUAUUCCUUGUCUAGAUCAAUCAGAAUCAGCCAAUGGCCAAAGUGAUACAAAUAACGAUACUGGAUUUAAAAGAUUUAGUUUCGAAAACGAAAAUCUCACCUUUGACGCUUUCGUCAUGUACAAAGAUUACAUUGGUUUCGUCAAAGCGAUGGAUGGCUUAAUGGCAAAGAAGUUGGUUAAAAAAUUGGAUCAAAUCGAUAAAUAUUUAGAAUGUGAAUUUCAAGUAGAGUUUGAUAAGACAAAGCAUUUAAGUGAUAAGUCAAUUAAAAAACGGACCUUGCUGCGCAGAUAUGGCCUGAAAGAUGUAAAAGAAUUGAAAGAUUUCAAAGAACACGCAAAGAAAGAGAAGCAACGUUACGAGGAGAGAUUUAAAUUAUUGAAAGAACGUAAAACGAAAGCCGAAAAUUUGCUCAAGUUAUUAUUAUCGGGAGUCGAAAAAGAGAUGGAAGCUAAAAAGAAGGAAGAGGCCAGAAUAGAAGCGGAAAAGUUGGCUAAAAAGCUAUUAGAGGAUGAAAAGAAAGAAAAAGAAAAAUUGAUAGAAGAAAAGAGGAAUGAUUCUCGAAGGAAACAUUCAUCAAGUGAACAUGGAUUAAAAAGUGUAGCUGUGGCAUUGAGAAAGGAAACAAAAAGUAAUAAACACAAUUUGAAAAGUAUUGCUGUUCCUUUAAAUGGAACCAGUGGUAGAAGUAGUUAUUCUGACUCUAGGUAUCACAAUGAUACAAGUCAUGAUAAUAACUUGUUCCACCAUCGUCACAAUCAUGCUAAUCGUCUUAAUAAUGAUAACUCAAAUCAUUCAACGCUUCACCAUAGGUUACAAUAUAAUCAUAAUCAACCUCACCAUCAGCAUAAACCUCAUACGUCUAACCAUCGUUCGACUCGCCUCGAUCUUCCUUAUCAAAGAGAUUCAGGGAUAAGAAAUGUACAAAGAAAAAUAAAAAGAAAUCGUAAUCUACUUGUUCAAGUUACAUGGAAAAAUGACGAAUAAAAUUUUUUAUUUUCAAAAUGUU